AUGGAACUCUUACUUCCACACCCUUCAAACUCAACACCUCUCACUGUCCUCGGCUUCUUAGACCGAGCCGCCUCGGUCUACGGAGACUGUCCCUCCAUCCUCCAUACCGCAGACACCGUCCACACUUGGUCCGAAACCCAUAACCGCUGUCUCCGCAUCGCCUCUGCUCUUACAUCCUCCUCACUCGGCAUUAACCGAGGCCAAGUCGUCUCCGUGGUAGGCCCCAACGUACCUUCUGUCUACGAGCUUCAGUUCGCUGUCCCAAUGUCCGGAGCCGUCUUAAACAAUAUCAACCCACGUUUAGAUGCACACGCACUCUCUGUCCUCCUACGUCACAGUGAAUCCAAGCUCGUUUUUGUUGACCAUCACUCUAUCUCCUUAGUCCUCGAAGCAGUCUCGUUCUUGGGAAAAGACAAGAAACCUCACCUCGUCCUCCUCAACGACGACGAAGCGGACGAUUCUUCGUCCGCGACGGAUUUUCUUGACACAUACGAAGGGAUUAUGAAGAAAGGAGACUCGAGAUUCAAAUGGAUCCGUCCACAAACCGAAUGGCAAUCAAUGGUGCUCAACUACACUUCUGGAACGACGUCGGCUCCCAAAGGAGUAGUGCUUAGCCACAGAGCAAUAUUCAUGCUAACUGUUAGCUCUUUGCUUGACUGGUCUUUACCGAACCGACCGGUUUACCUCUGGACUUUACCGAUGUUCCACGCUAACGGUUGGGGCUACACGUGGGGCACCGCGGCGGUUGGAGCCACCAACGUUUGCACGCGGAGAGUCGACGCGCCGACUAUCUACGACUUGAUCGAUAGGCAUCACGUCACUCACAUGUGUGCUGCACCCAUGGUUCUCAACAUGCUAACCAACUAUCCAUCUCGUAAACCGCUAGAGAACCGGGUUCAGGUUAUGACGGCCGGAGCUCCACCUCCGGCAGCCAUCAUCUCCCGAGCAGAGUCCCUCGGUUUCAAUGUCGGUCAUGGGUACGGUCUAACAGAGACCGGAGGCCCAGUUGUAUCAUGUGCUUGGAAGCGUGAGUGGGAUCAUCUUGAUCCAUUGGAGAAAGCUAGAUUGAAAUCAAGACAAGGAGUAAGAACUAUCGGAUUAGCGGACGUUGAUGUUAGGGACCGGAUAACAGGAAAAAGUGUGGAGCACGACGGAGUUUCCGUAGGAGAGAUUGUGCUCAAAGGGGGAUCGGUUAUGUUGGGUUACUACAAAGACCCCGAAGGAACCGCAGCGUGUAUGAGAGAGGACGGAUGGUUCUAUACCGGAGAUGUUGGGGUUAUCCACAAAGAUGGUUACUUGGAACUUAAAGACCGGUCAAAGGAUGUGAUCAUAUGCGGAGGAGAGAACAUAAGCAGCGCAGAGGUUGAGACGGUUCUGUACACAAAUCCGGUGGUUAAAGAAGCUGCGGUGGUGGCUAAACCGGAUAAGAUGUGGGGAGAGACACCUUGUGCUUUUGUGAGCUUGAAAUAUGAUAAUAAUGGUGAUGGGUCAGUGACUGAGAGGGAAAUAAGGGAGUUUUGUAAGACAAAGUUACCAAAGUACAUGGUUCCGAGGAAAGUGAUAUUUCAGGAGGAGCUUCCAAAGACUUCUACUGGAAAGAUCCAAAAGUUUCUUCUCAGACAAAUGGCUAAGUCCUUGCCUUGA